AUGCCAAAAUCGAGAACACCCGUGCAAGUAGGAGAGUUUACAGCGCUACCUGUGGUAAUCCCAAGUAAAGCCCUUGGUAAAGAUGUAGAACAUUACAUCUACCUCAAGGCCUAUGAGCCCAAAAUCCCCGAUGAAUUAUCACCACGAGCACUCUUGCUGGUGAACAUUCCAGUCACCGCAACGGAGGCACAAAUACGGCAGCUCUUGACUACACAGCUAGGUGGUGGACAUGUACAGACCGUUCACUUCGCUAGCCAAGAUGCUGCUAGCAGCAGUAGCACAACCUCUGCUCUGAUCGCAACAACUCCUAGCGGGCCCAGCCAGAAAGAUGUCGCAAGCACUUUAGGCAAACGCAAGAGGCCAGCACAAGAGAGUUCAAGCGACAUUGCUAAUAAGCUAUCUACAAAGACCGUGCCUUCGACUACACCCACACAACUACAUGUCUCUGGCUCGACUGCCAUCGCCGUCUUUCUCGACCGUGCAAGUCGCGAUCUAACUCUCCGAGCUUGCGCCAAACUUUCUCGUGCUGUCGCAUCCGGAAAGUCCAAGUCGUUAGUCUGGUCUGCUGGUCUUGAAGCCACAAAACAACCACCACUCGGCCUCGCACGUUACCAGGCUCAGCGCAGUCUGACCUUUCCUCCUCGUGCAGAUUUACUCCGGCUAGUCGACCAGUACAUGACUACCUACGGCCAGCUCGAAGAAGCCCGAAAUCGCGAGAGUGCAAAGAAGAGAGCUGAGCCCGAUGAAGACGGCUUUAUCACCGUGACAAGAGGCACGAGAGGUGUAGUGAAGACCGACGAGGCCGACGCAAUCAAACAGAAAGUCGAGGAAAAGAAGAAGAAAGAGCAAGGUCUGGAAGAUUUCUAUAGAUUUCAAACGAGGCAAAGACGGAAAGAGGAGGCAGGGCAACUGGUGAGGCGGUUUGAGGACGACAGGAGAAGGGUGAAAGAGAUGGGCAAUAGUAGAAGAUCUGGUAGACCAGAGUGA